UUAACUCAUUUUCCUGUAUCAACCUCAUUUUCAAUCCUCUGUAAAAGCUAGCAGCGAGAUGCAGGUGGUAGCCGUGGUGACCAUUCGCGAAGCCCUUUCGGUCGUGGGAGAGAAUGCCACCUCCAUCCUCGGCUUUAACGAGCAUGAACAGGCUGCUGCCUUUCGACUGCUGCUGCUGGUGCUGCUGGCUGCUGCUGCUGGUGCUGCUGCUGGUGCUACUGCUGCUGUUGGUUGGCAGUGGGGAAGAGCUGGCCGCGCGGAGUCUGCGGCUUCCGUCGCACCGGAUGAGGCGGCCAUGAUGCGGGCGCUGUGCAGCAAGGCGGUUCCGGCCCCGGGCGAGGUCCUGCGCCUCCAGGGCGCAGGCUUUGUGCCGGACGUGGACCUCAGCGGUGUGUACAUCCGCGACUGCUACGAGGGGCUUGCUGACGUCAUCCUGACAGCGCCGCAGAAGAAGUUCAUCCUCACGGGCACGCCGGGUACAGGGAAGACCACUAUCUUCUACUAUUUCGUGGGGCGGCUGCUGCAGCGUCCGUCGCCGCCGCCAUUCAUCGUCUGGCAGCACGCGUUUUACUCCAGCAGCAGAGCGGUUUGCUACAACACGAAGACCGGCGACACGCUGCGCGGCGAAGUCAGCAGCUUCGAGGCAGCGCUCAUGGACCCCGACACCUGGUACAUCGCAGAUGCUAUGCCGCCAGACCUACAGACCAAGGCGCAUCUCCUCCUCAUCACGUCACCACAGAGGAGCACGUACAAGGAGCUGGAGAAGCGUGGCGCGUGGAUGCUGCACAUGCCGCCGUGGUCGCUGGAGGAGCUGCAGGAUUGCCGCAGCAAGCUGGGCCUUCCGGUGUCGGAGGCGUUCGUCAAAAAGUGCUUUCAGUACGGUGGCGGCGUGGUACGGUACUCUCUGCAGCAGUCAGCAGGGGGGGCGGCGUUUGGUGAGGACGUCGACAGAUUGCUGGGACAGCUUGGCAGGGCGGUCGACACAACCAGCGUGUCGCAGGUGCGUGCGGCACUUGCAGAUGUCGCGGCACAGGACAAGGGGCCGGAGGCCAGCCACCGUGUGAUCCACAUCAUGACGGACGGGUCCUACAGCGUGCGGCAGCUUGAGUUCGCCAGCCGCUGGGUAGCGGAGCGAUUCAUGGCCAAGGCGGCGGUGGAGGACGAGCAGGGCCUUGUAAGCCUGGUGAACGGCUCGGACGGUACUUUCCGCGGCCUGAUGCACGAGGCCUGGAUGCACCGCACGCUGCCCAAGGGCGGGGAGUUCACCAUCGCGCCCGUCAAGCUCACCGGCGGCACAACGAAGCUGGUGCGAGAAGCCGAAUAUAUCCUCAAGCUGCCCCCGUGCAAGGAGGCGGCCUUCGAGGAGGUGGUGGAGCUCGCUGGUGAGCGCUGCGAGGAGGGCGUAUACUACAAGCCCGUCAGCGCAUGCUUCCCGCUGGUGGACUCGCUCCUGCGCGUGGGCGGCGUUGUGAACCUGUUUCAGAUGACCGUGAGCCUCAACAAGCCCGUGCACUUUGCCGCGCUCGAAGACCUGCUCGGGGAUCUGGGCCUCACACCGCAGCAGGAGGCUCGCCUGAUUUUCGUGGUACCGGAGGACAUCUACCCGGACUUCAAGUUGAACGUGAAGACCGGCGGAAGCCGACAGAAGAAGGCCUCACGGCCCUCACCCACGGCGCCGGCGCUGGUCCCGCGCCCCAAGCUGUGCAUCAUGCGGGCGCCACGUGCGCAGGUGGGGGUGCGCAGGUAGUGGGGGUGCGCGCGCUGUCCGCAUAGAGCGGCCGUCCCGUGUUGUGCGGACAGCGCGGCGGGCUGCGGUGGUAGGCCUGCAGCUGCCCUCAGCGCCGGGACGUACGUGAGAGGAGUUGGCUGCGAGCGAUGUGGCACGUGCUGUUUCGUGCUGUGUUUUGUGCCGGGCGCGGCGGUUGUACGGCGGUUGUACGGCGGCUGUGCGGCGCGCAGACUGGGGCCGGCGUGCAGACAGGGGCUGGAGUGAGAGGGCCGGUGUACCGAGUGCGUGCGUUGGGACGGCAAGGGGAACAUGGCGCCUCCAGCGUGGAGGUCAGCGUGGAGGUCAUCGUCAGCAGCGACAGUGACAGUGACAGCUGCCCCAGGUACUCCGCGCAAUGCAUGUCCAGUGGGGACCGACUGCACUUUGACGAAUGCACUCUCGCAUAUGCCGUGAGAGAGGGGAUAAGGGAUUGAGGCGGGUAGUGGCCUACACCUGGACCGGGCCCAACUAUGGCUGGCAAGGCCUAUGGAUGGUGUAGAGCAGGCAGCGGGCAGGGAUGUUGUGUGCCUCUCCGCCAUGUCGGCAAUGGAAGAGGCAGGGGAGGCGGUUUCUGUACGCCACGCGAGAUGCUGAAGACAGAAUAGGAACACAGAAUGUGCGA